AAAAAGGCUGGGGACAAUUUUCAUUGAGAAGAGGGGUUUCAUAUUUUCUUUUCGAAAGGAACUUUUCGGUAACGGAUUCAUUCGCUAUCCCCGUUGCCGUUGGUCUUCCUGAAUGCCUCACCAGCGUUCAGGGUCAUAUUUUGGCGAAUUUUAAUCGUCAGAGCGAAGGACUAUAAGAUGGUGUUCGGAGAUUAGCAUCAUGGUUCCAGUUAUUUGUGUUUGCAACCAUGUGAAAGCGGAUUUCGUGUAUUUGAUAGCUAAUCUCCUAAUCUAGAAAAAAAAAUCUCUAGAGAUCCUUCAAGAAACUACCCAUAGCAUGUAUUACAGUUUAUUAGAAUUGCACAAAAUUGUUCAAUAUGGCUGUUGCCAUUGAUCAACACCAUGCAUUCAAGCCAUUUGGCCGUCCUCCAAGAUGUAAACGCCCAUCUUAUUCUCAAUUUGAUUACACAAUGUUGGAAUCCACCUAUACCACCACCAGAAAAUCCAUAAAGAAUGCAAUUGACUUUAACCCUUUUCAUAAAAGUUUUUCCACUCCAUGUCUGUCUAUUUCUACCACAUUCGAUGAGGAACUGGAGUCGAGUUCAAGGAUUGAAAUUAUAGCUGGAAAUGGAGCUCCUAAAGUGCGUGCCCUCGUUGUUGAGGUUACAAUAGCUAUGGCCUCUGGAGUCACACCCGAGCCAGUUUCAAGUGGAUUAGGCGGUGCCUAUUUCAUGCGUUGCAGAAAUGGUGAAACUAUUGCUGUUGCAAAACCCAUUGAUGAGGAACCUUUGGCUUUCAACAAUCCUAAAGGUUUUGCAGGUCGGAUGCUAGGUCAACCUGGUAUGAAGAAAUCUAUUAGAAUUGGUGAAACUGGAUUCCGUGAAUUAGCUGCUUAUCUUCUUGAUCAUGAUGGUUUCGCUGGUGUCCCUCCAACUGCACUAGUUAAGAUGUCAUAUAACAAGUUUAAUGUAAACACUUCUGACACAAUUUCACCCCCAACUUACAAAAUAGCUUCACUCCAACGAUUUGUGGAACAUCAAUCUGAUGCUGCAGAUUUGGGUCCUUCAGGCUUCUCUGUCAGUGCUAUUCAUCGGAUAGGGAUAUUGGAUUUAAGGCUGUUUAAUCUUGAUAGGCAUGCUGGAAAUAUCUUGGUGAAGAAAGGGCAGGAAGCUUACUGCAAUGGAAUAGCUGAUCUUGUACCUAUAGAUCAUGGUUUUUGUUUACCUGAGUCACUUGAGGAUCCGUAUUUUGAAUGGCUACACUGGCCUCAAGCUUUAAUACCCUUUUCAGAGUCUGAGAUUGAAUAUAUAUCCAGCCUUGAUCCAUUCAAAGAUGCAGAGUUGCUAAGAGUUGAAGUUCCUUGCAUCAGGGAGUCAUCUGUUCGGAUUCUUAUCCUUUGUACCAUAUUCUUGAAGAAUGCCACUGACUCUGGAAUGUGCUUGGCUGAUAUAGGUGAAAUGAUGACUCGUGAGUUUAAUGGAGGAGAAGAAAAUUGGAGUGCAUUCGAAAGCCUUUGUAUGAAUGCGAAGACAAAUAUAGGCAGUAUUCUAAAUAACGAUUUUACCGAUGAACAGGGUGAAGAAGAUAUAAAUGUUCUCCAAUUUGAUGAUAAUGAAGAUAGCUACACGGACACUAACAAAUCCUUCCUUGAAAGCUAUUCUAUAUCAGGUAAGGUUGCUAAAAUUCCAAGGUUUGCAUCUGAAUCAUUAUUAACUACAGUUACCGAGUCAAAGUUGUCCCCUAGAGAAGAGGGAGGCAACUAUAGAAACCGAGACGCGGAUACUAAUUCAAACACUGCGGGAGAAGAAUGCACAGGGCAAAAUGUUGUUCCAGCUAAUUCAUAUGAGAAUUGCAAGUUAGGGGGAGUGUUGUUGAGGAGCAUAAGUUUUACUGUACCAAAUCUUUGUAGCGAUCACGAAGAAAUUUGUUUUGGGGAUAUGAGUAACGAAGUUUGGGAUUUGUACUUGGAUAUUUUUCAGAAGCUUUUGCCUGAAUUCUUGGAAGAAAGGAAGUGCAUGUGCUUGUCAACGCAAAGGCUGGGAACUUCUUGUGAGUUCUGAACAGAUUACCACAAGUAUCAAACCUCCUGCGAAUUGUUGUAUAUGUAUAUAUAGAGAUGUAUAUCAGAAAUGCCAAGCACCAUCAAACCACUCAUCACAAUCUUAUGUAGAUACAGCUAGCUUUGCUAUGUUUGGAAAAGCGAUAGGCAAUUAAGGGCCAUCCUUUCCAAUUAUUUGUUCUUUAAUCUUCAUUUAUUCUCUUUUCCUUUUCUUGUUUUUGAAGACCUUUUUCCUCAAGUGUGUGCAUGCCUAGUUCUUCCAAUUCUUACAGGUUUUGAUUUUAGAGGAAGAAUUACAUUGUACUCGAUGUUGUAUUGAUAUUUAGAAAUCAUGAUCAAUUAAUGAAGCUGAC